AUGAAGAAUUCAGAUCGAAAUUUGCCUGGAUACACGCCGGCUGAAAUUGUCAUCGAGUUCGGCUCAAGGUCAGAUGGGCUCGAAGUGGCGGAACUGCCGGCAGAGGUCAACCAGUCAACAACAUUUCCAGACUGGCAAAAGAUCGUUCCUAUUGGACUCUUUGUCGUCUCCGUUGCUGCCGCAGUGAUGCUUUACUCCUACGUCUACAGCCGCCGUUCUAAAGAGCGCAAGAAAUACUCAGAGGGAAAUCUUCUCAUCUGA